AUGUUCUCCGUUGCAUCCUUAUUGACAAUCAUUCUCCUGGCCUUGUCCAUCGCGGCAUCGCCUUUUGAAAUUCGCGACUCCCUCAUCACCCUCCCCAUUUCCAGGAGGUUGAACGUCUCCGAUGGUCCUAUUCAACUCUUGCAGCACGAUCAAGCUCGUGUAGCUGCCCUUAAGGCCGGCCACCAUCUUGGUAGCCCCCCUGUGACAAACGUUGUUGUAAGCUACAUUGCAAAAGUUGGAGUUGGCAGCCCCCCUACAACCUACAACUUGAUUGUCGACACCGGUAGCUCGAACACAUGGGUUGGUGCCGGCACUGCGUACGUGAAGACCAGUACUAGCGUCAACACUGGUCAGCCUGUGGCAGUCGGCUAUGGUUCUGGCUCCUUCUCUGGAACUGAGUACACCGACACCGUCACUCUCGGGAGUGGGCUCACCAUCACCAAGCAGUCGAUUGGUGUUGCUUCUACUGCGUCGGGCUUCACCGGUGUUGACGGUAUCCUUGGCAUCGGGCCCGUAGACUUGACCGAGGGUACCUUGACGAAUUCGCCGACAGCGACGAUCCCGACUGUCACUGACAACCUGGACAGCCAAGGCACCAUUUCUCAGAAAGUUGUCAGUGUCUUUUUCGGGCCCACCACUUCGCAGACAAUCACCAAUGGAGAGCUCACCUUCGGUGGAACUGAUGCUGCCAAGUACACCGGCGAUAUUGGAUACACUCCUUCCACCACCACCAGCCCUGCAUCGACCUAUUGGGGUAUCGACCAGAGCAUCACCUACGGCUCCACGACGAUCUUGUCCUCCACUGCUGGUAUCGUCGAUACUGGCACCACCUUCCUUUACAUUGCCACCGAUGCCUAUACCAAGUACAAGUCUGAAACCGGUGGUACUGUGGAUGGGGCGACUGGUCUCCUCUCCGUUUCUUCUGCCAAGUACAGUGCACUCAAGAACCUGAACUUCCAUAUUGGCAGUAAUACCUACACUCUCACCCCUAACGCCCAAAUCUGGCCUCGUUCUCUCAAUACCAAUAUUGGUGGUAGUAGCAAAGCUAUAUAUCUCAUCGUUUACGAUAUUGGCACGGACACUGGCGCAGGGUUUGAUUUUGUUAACGGCUACACGUUCCUCGAGCGCUUCUACUCUGUGUUCGAUACCACUAACUCCCGUGUCGGUUUUGCCACAACGUCGUACACUGAUGCCACCACCAACUAA